AUGCGGUUACGCUUAUUAUACUGGGAGCUGGUUCUCCUGCUCAUAGGUAGGAGUCCGGCUGGCAAAUACCUGACCUUGUCUUGCGACUUUCCAUCAUAUGGUAACGACUUUGAUACAUACUUUGGCUCUGGCACUGCGGUUGAAUACGAUCCCUCAACAUUUCCAUUCCUUGACGAGAGCACACACUUUGCACACUCCAACCAAGGAGACGAGCAAAGCAGUCACUCAGACAGUUUUCCGCCACAAUAUUUUAUUGACGAGCGGAAUUCGUCAUCCGAUGGGCGUGAGCUUGUUGACAGCAACUUCCCUGACACAGCCGGCAACUUUGAAAAUUCGCAAACCUACAACUCGGACCAUCAGGCCUCAUUCCUUUAUCAAAAUCAUACCCUCGACGACUUCGACUUGAGCACUCCGACUGCUUCUUACACCCCAGGCUUCGACCCUGUCCACGAAGAACUCCCGGCCAGUCACCCCUCCGAUAGCUCUGCCUCGAGCCCAGUGUCGACCGAACGGGCUUCAUCACCCGAGACGACGAACGGACAGUUUGUAUGCCACGUGUGCCAGAAAACCUUUUCUGACAAGUCCAAAUACAAGUACGUCAGCCCACUGUAUGCGAUGCCAUGGCGCAGUUUCCUGCGAGGUUGUCCCGAAACUAAACUUACAAACAAUAUAGUGCGCACAUACGGUAUCAUGGCGAUUCUCACAAAUGCCCCGAUUGCGGGCGGGCCUUUGGCGUUUUCCAGGACCUCAAAAGGCACAGAAACGGGGUCCACAAGAUGGGGCAACGAUUUGCGUGCCCAGUACGUCGCUGCGGGAAGACGUACUCUCGGCUAG